AUGGAAGAAGGAUUUUAUGCUUAAUAAAAUGGAUUUAAAGAUGAAGAUUUGAAAAAAUACAAAUAAACAAGGAUUACAUUUGACAAAGGUGGUUAAUGGGUUCCAUUAAAAGUAUAAUUAUUAAAUUUAUAAUUAGCCACCUACAGUUGAUGCAGAUGGGAAACCAAUUAAUUGUAAUAAAUGUUAGUUACAUAUUCAUCUUAGUUAAUCAUUUUAUUAAUUUGCACCUAUUUAUACUCAAGCAAAUUCAAUUGGUAUAAUAAUAGCUACAGGAUCUAUUGGAAAAUAUUUAAGUUAUAGAUAAGAUCAAGUUAACACUUAUUUAAGUAGAGAUGGUGGUUUAACAUGGAUUGAAAUAAAAAAAGGUUCAUAUAUUUAUGAAAUGAGUAAUCAUGGAGGAUUGGUUGUUAUGUCUAAAGAUUAAGAAACAACUAAUUAGAUUGUUUUUUCUUGGAAUGGUGGAAUGGAAUGGACUCCAUUUAAUUUUUUAGAUUAGAAGGCAGAAAUCUAAAAUAUAAUUACUGAACCUUAAAAUAAAGGAACUAGAUUUAUAGCUUAUGGUUCUAUUUAAUUAGAAUCUAAUGGUAUUAAAACUGAAUAGGGAUUACUUGCCACUUUAGAUUUAGAUGAAUUACAUUAAAGGAAUUGUAUAGGUUAAGAUAAACCUGGAGAAAUUGGUAGUGAUUAUGAAUUAUGGACUCCAUCUGGUUUGGUGAAUCCAGAAUGUUUAUUUGGUAAAAAAGUAACUUACAUGAGAAAAAGAAGAGAAGCAGCUUGUUAUAAUCCUGAUACAUUAGAGAAAAUCAUUAGUGUAACACCAUGUUAAUGUUCAUAAGAAGAUUAUGAAUGUGAUUUAGGUUUUGUGAUGAAUAAUUAAUUAUGUGUACCUAUUAAUGGUACUCUAAAUAUUGAUCCACCUGCUGAAUGCAAUGGCUAUUAUACUAUUUCUAGUGGUUAUAGAAAAAUAGCAGGAGAUAUAUGUGAGGGCGGAGUGGAACAUCCAUCAAUGAGAUUUAGUUGUCCAAAUAAUAAAGGUUGGAUAUUUGAUUGGUUAGUUAUUGGAGGAAUUAUAUUUGGAUUAUAUUGGGUUUAUAAUAAUUAAGAUAAAGUUAAAGAAUAUUUUACUAAAACUGAAAUGACUCAACUACCACAGUCUAAAUCAGAUGUAUAUUUUUAUAUUUUAUCUUUAGAAAUUAAUCAAAUAAUUAUAAUAAAAAUAACCAAAAUAAUAGUAAUAGCAAUAAUAAUAAUAUUAACCUAUUAAUCUUGAAUAAAAUGAUUCCUAAGAUUAGAAAUUUGAUGAAGCCUUGAUUGAAAAAGAUGAAAAUAUUUAAAUGGAAGAUGAUGGUUCUCAUGAAUUGAUUUGA